CCAUCUUUGGUCCUGCUAUGUCAUUAUGGACUUUAUCGGAGUUGGUUUCUUUACUGCUUAAAAUGAGGCAUUUUUUGCUAUCUGUGGGAAUUUGCCUGUAAUUCAUUUCCCUCACUGCGGCAUUGAGAAUUACACCAAAUUGAAAAGAUAUGAAUGAAUAUCCUAAAAAAAGAAAAAGGAAGACUUUACACCCUUCUCGUUAUUCAGAUUCUUCUGGAAUAAACAGAAUAACAGAUGGGGUCAGUGGAAUCUUUUCUGAUCAUUGUUACAGUGUCUGUUCUAUGAGACAGCCAGACUUAAAAUACUUUGACAACAAAGACGAUGAUUCUGAUCCUGAGGCAUCAAAUGACUUGCCCAAGUUUACAGAUGGAACCAAAGGCAGAAAUAAGAAUCAGAACUACCUGGUUCCUAGCCCUGUGCUUAGAAUUCUAGACCACACCGUCUUUUCCACAGAAAAGUCUGCUGAUGUUGAAAUCUGUGAUGAAGAAUGUGACUCCCCCGAGUCGGUGCAUCCGCAUACUCAAGAAGAGAGCCCUAUAGAGGUUCACACCUCAGAGGACGUCCCCAUUGCUGUAGAAGUUCAUGCGAUUUCUGAAGACUAUGAUAUAGAGACAGAGAACAAUUCCUCUGAGAGCCUCCAAGACCAGACUGAUGAAGAGCCACCAGCCAAACUGUGUAAAAUACUUGACAAGAGCCAAGCUUUGAAUGUGACUGCCCAACAGAAGUGGCCUUUACUGAGAGCCAAUAGCAGUGGCCUCUAUAAGUGUGAACUUUGUGAAUUCAACAGUAAGUAUUUUUCUGACCUAAAGCAGCAUAUGAUCCUGAAACACAAGCGCACUGACUCGAAUGUUUGUCGAGUGUGUAAGGAAAGCUUUUCCACCAAUAUGCUUCUCAUCGAGCAUGCCAAACUUCAUGAAGAAGAUCCCUACAUCUGUAAGUACUGUGACUAUAAGACAGUGAUCUUUGAGAACCUCAGCCAGCACAUUGCAGACACCCACUUCAGCGACCACCUUUACUGGUGCGAGCAGUGUGAUGUACAGUUUUCCUCAAGUAGUGAGCUCUACCUGCACUUCCAGGAGCACAGCCGUGAUGAGCAGUACCUGUGCCAGUUCUGUGAGCAUGAGACAGGUGACCCUGAGGACCUGCAUAGCCACGUGGUCAAUGAGCAUGCUCGGAGACUGAUAGAGCUAAGUGACAAGUGCAGCAGUGGUGGGCAUGGACAGUGCAGCCUUUUAAGCAAGAUCACUUUUGACAAAUGUAAAAACUUCUUCGUAUGUCAAGUAUGUGGAUUUCGGAGCAGACUUCACACAAACGUGAACAGACAUGUUGCUAUUGAGCAUACUAAAAUAUUCCCUCAUGUUUGUGAUGACUGUGGGAAGGGCUUUUCCAGCAUGUUAGAAUAUUGCAAGCAUCUAAAUUCACAUUUAUCUGAAGGGAUUUAUUUAUGCCAAUAUUGUGAAUAUUCAACAGGACAAAUUGAAGAUCUUAAAAUUCAUCUUGAUUUCAAGCAUUCAGCUGACUUGCCUCAUAAAUGUAGUGACUGCCUGAUGAGGUUUGGGAAUGAAAGGGAAUUAAUCAGUCACCUACCAGUCCACGAGAAUACCUGACUGUUAUCCUUACAUAAUGUUUAUAUAAAAUAAUAAAUGCUUUUUUAAUGUUAAG